AUGCUCUCACGCCACACAUCAUGUCCUCACACCCUGAAAACUACAUCGUGGAGCAAAGAGGACACUGACAAAACGCCGACAGGCAAGACAGAGCAGGUUCUUCUUUUUGUCUUCUCCAUCUUGCGGAAAGUGGCAUGGGAUUACGGCCGUCUGGCCCUGGUGACCGAUGCUGACAGACAGAAGAGAAGAUUCAGCGGUCUGGUGGAGCGGGAGUAUGUGGCUUCAGCUCUUCAUUCUGAAACACCAGACCGUUAUGAACGUCUCACCUCCGUCUCUAGCUCGGUGGAUUUCGAACAACGAGAUAAUGGCUUCUGUUCCUGGUUGACAGCCAUAUUCAGAAUAAAGGACGAGGAGAUCCGGGAGAAGUGCGGUGAAGAUGCCGUUCAUUACCUGUCGUUCCAGCGGCACAUCAUCGGUCUGCUGGUUGUGGUGGGCGUGCUGUCGGUGGGCAUCGUUCUGCCGGUCAACUUCUCAGGCAACCUGCUGGAAAACAACGCAUACAGCUUUGGACGCACAACGAUCGCCAACUUGAAUUCUGGGAAUAACCUCUUAUGGCUGCACACGUCAUUUGCCUUCAUGUACCUGCUCCUCACCGUCUACAGCAUGAGACGCCACACGUCCAAGAUGCACUACAAAGAAGAUGAUCUGGUGAAACGCACUUUAUUUAUCAACGGCAUCUCCAAAUACGCAGAAGAAAGCCAUAUAAAACAACACUUUGAACAGGCGUACGAGAACUGCAUUGUACUGGAAGCGCGCGUUUGUUACAACGUGGCCAAACUGAUGUCCCUCAACGCCGAGAGGAAGAAGACUGAACGCAGUAAGAAAUUUUUCACAGAUCUGAUGGCUAAGGAGCACAUGUCUGCCAUGAUCAACCCCAAACCCUGCGGUCACCUGUGCUGCUGCGCCAUUACAGGCUGUGAAGAGGAGGAGGCUGUGAGUUAUUACACCAAACUGGAGGCCAAACUGAAAGAGGAGUACAGGAAGGAGAAGGAGAAAGUCAACACCAAGCCGCUGGGCAUGGCGUUCGUCACCUUCCAGAACGAGGCCAUGACUGCAAUCCUGCGCGUGUGUGCGCGUGUGUGUGUGUGUGUGCGUGCGCGUGUGUGUGUGUGUGUGCGCGUGUGUGUGUGUGGUUUGCUGACGUGGUGUUUUGAUCGCAGGGAGAAUCUGUCUUUGGGAGGAGUUUCCUGGUGGCUUCGCUGCUUCAUCAUUAACUGCAUCCUCUUCAUCCUCCUCUUCUUCCUCACCACCCCGGCCAUCAUCAUCUCCACUAUGGACAAGUUCAACGUCACCAAGCCUGUGGAGUAUCUGAACAACCCAAUCAUCACCCAGUUUUUCCCCACGCUGCUCCUGUGGGCCUUCUCCGCCCUGCUGCCCACCAUCGUCUACUACUCCGUCUUCUUUGAAGCCCAUUGGACCAGGUCGGGCGAGAACAGGACCACCAUGCACAAGUGCUACACCUUCCUGAUCUUCAUGGUUCUCCUGUUGCCGUCUCUGGGUCUCAGCAGUUUGGACGUUUUCUUCCGCUGGCUGUUCGACAAAAAAUUCCUGGCCGAAGCUACCGUCAGAUUUGAGUGCGUCUUCCUCCCGGAUAACGGAGCGUUUUUUGUGAAUUACGUAAUCGCGUCGGCGUUCAUCGGAAACGCCAUGGAUCUGCUGCGGAUUCCAGGUCUGCUCAUGUACAUGAUCCGGCUGUGUUUGGCUCGUUCGGCCGCGGAGAGACGCAACGUCAAGCGGCAUCAGUCAUAUGAGUUUCAGUUCGGAGCUGCCUACGCCUGGAUGAUGUGCGUUUUCACCGUCGUUAUGACGUACAGCAUCACCUGUCCAAUCAUUGUCCCCUUCGGGCUGAUGUACAUGCUCUUGAAGCACCUGGUGGACAGGUACAACAUGUACUACGCUUACCUGCCCUCCAAACUCGACAAGAAAAUCCACUCCGGAGCCGUCAAUCAAGUGGUGGCUGCGCCAAUCCUCUGCCUCUUCUGGCUGCUGUUCUUCUCCACCAUGCGGACAGGGUUCUUGACUCCGACGUCCAUGUUUACCUUCGUGGUGCUCAUCAUCACUAUCGUGAUCUGCCUGUCGCACGUGUGCUUCGGUCACUUCAAGUACCUCAGCGCACACAACUACAAGAUCGACACCAAGGACACGGAGAUCGACGGAGUGGAGAACGGACGUCCUGCUAGAUCUUCACCAUCCAACAAAUCUCAGCAGCAGAUGUACAUCGCCCAGGUCCUGCAGGACCCAAACUCUGACGAGACCGGAGCAGGCAGCGGAGAGUCCUCGCAGGACGAGGAGAUGAUCAACGCCGGGAACAGCCUGAACGAGGCCGACUUCCAGUCCGGAGAGGACAGUCUCAUCGCCAACGAGGUCCACCAGUAACCACAGCCGAGACGGGAGGACACAUGUCUGCUUGUCCCCGUCGAACGCUGUGAACCCAAUUUACAGCACCUUAGAAACCCACGUCUGCCAAAACACUCAGACUGUACAUAAGCACACGCUCCCAACGCUUACAAACCAUUUUGCACAUGUGCAUGAACACACCGGCGACUGCUCGUUUGGAAGCUCAAAACCCAAUCCAGUUGGAAUCGGAAUCACGUCAAGUGCAAGACUUCCCGGGUUUCCCUUUUAGAAAAAAUUCCAAGUUUGGUAAAAAAAAAAAAAAAGAGCCUCAAGAAAUGGAAUA